ACAUCACCAAACCAGAUGGAAGAUUCUGUUUAAUAAGUUGAUAUAGUAACUAGUGGCCAAGGUCCAGAAAUAAGUUAACUUCCUGGAUCUCCAACAGGCUUUUUGUUCAUUACCGUUUUGAAAGGUUAAAUUCAAACUGAUAUCAACAAUAAUUUCAUUUGGUUUUGCCAUGAAUAACCUAAAAAUGUUGCUAAGUAACAGUGACGUCUGAAAGUCAGAUUAAGUUUAAAGACUUUGUUCCUUGUAUUUGAACUUUAUCAGAACCAUUUUGUAUUCUCCGGUAGCUGAUAACUAUAUAAUGCCCAUGUUCACUCGCCUACAGACAGUAGGCCUAACUACACACCCAAGACUCCAGGUAAAAAGUUAGAUGUCAGGGCUUUUGAAUACGUGUAUAUCGUGUCUUCAGUUUCAACUUCUGUUAAUUUGUGGCAGUUAGCACGCCAAACACGAAUUCUUUAUAAAGAAAACUGCUCUUUUAGAUAUAAAAAUAAACAUUUUCUUUUUUCAAAUCGGAGUCGAGACCUUCACCUAUUUUGUUUCUGCUACGUCCCAAUCCAGAUUUGGGCUUUAUGAUUUCUUCAUCUAUAAUCAUGAAGUUUCUGCUGCUGUUGCUGAGCGUGGUCCUGGUCCAUACUGGACUGGCUCCACUCCAUAAAUCAAAUCACCGGUCUGUUCCCGACAGCUGGAUCAUUAAGAUCAAGGAUUUCGACCAAGUGGACCAAGUUGCUGAUGACAUUAUCAGCCAGUUCGCUAGAAUUCGUAGCCCAAUCCCUUCAAUGACCAAGCUUCGUCAUCUUUUGCCUGUCAUUACAAUGAAAAUCCCAGCAUUCCUUCUCGACGAGAUCCGCGCCAUUGACGGCAUCGAGUACAUUGAAAUGGAUUAUAUCGUUCCGCUUGCUGCCUACCAAAACAAUCCACCGUGGGGCCUUGACCGCCUUGAUAGUCGCUCGGGAGUGGAUGGAUUUUAUAACUACAAUCCUAGUGUGCAGGGAAAGGGAGUGGAUAUAUACGUUGUGGAUACCGGGGUCCAAGUCACCCACAAGGCCUUUGGCGGGAGAGCCUCUGUGCUGUACGGACUGCCAGACAACCGCGGUCAUGGAACUCACUGCGCCGGCAUAGCAGCUGGUGACGUCUACGGGCUGGCUCGUGAGGCUAAAAUCUACAGCCUUAAAGUGUGCGAUCCAUGGUGCUCAGUAGGGGAUAUGGUUAAAGCAUUUAACGUUGCAAAGGCACACGGUGGCAGUAAAGGUGGAGUUGUGUCUGUAUCUAUCGCUGGACACAAAUACGCCGGUGCUCUCACCGAUGGUGUCAAUUUACUGUGGGCUAACGGUUACCUAGUGUCUUACCCUGCGGGCAAUGAGGGUAUCGACGCCUGCAUUAUGCAUCCACAAAAAGGUGACAAGCUCAUUGUAGCUGCAGCUUCAAAUAAGUACGACAAGCGACCAGGCUGGUCCACCUGGGGCCCCUGUGUCGAUAUCUUUGCGCCCGGCGUGGGCAUCCUAAGCGCUGCCUACAGCAAGGCCAGCAAUACCAGUUCAGUAGUCAUGAGUGGUACCUCAAUGUCUUGCCCUCAUGUGUCAGGUGUGGCUGCCCUGCAUUUUGGUCAGCAGGGUAGCAGUGCCACGCCUGCAUCAGUGAAGAAGGCCAUUCUGGACAGUGCUACCAAAGACGUCAUCAGUAACGCCAAUGGCACCCCUAACCGACUUCUUUAUGUCAAUUUCUAAGCGAUGAGUGCAGCCACUCGCCAGGAGAGAGAAAAAGGUGAACCUGCAAAGUAUCAUUAAUUCCAACUAAGGUAGAUUCUUCCAUUGGUCUGCUCAUACACAAAACGUAAUUUUCCUUUUAAAAUUCAAGUUUAAAACUUACUUUAAAGCUUUCAAAUGUUUUCUUCCGUGUUUGUUUGUGUGGGCAUCCUAUUCAAUACAUUAGAAACGUUUUGAAUUCAUCUGCACUGACAAAAUAACCUUGCGCCUAUCUAUCUUCAGUACAUGAAGAGAAAUUACUGGCGCAAGAAAUUGCAACACUACAAAAGGUCAUCAAUGUUAGUAAAAGCAUCUUUGUCAUGUUUAGUUUUUUCUCUUAAAUCUGCCCUCUUUCAGGAAGUUUUCUCUUGAACAUUUACAUUUUCAAGCAAAUACCAAGUUUCAGUUUCAAAGUUUAAGAAACUUAUUGACUGAAGGUGACAAUGCUUUUUAACUGUAUUUGCCUAUAAUAAACAAAUGAAACUUUGCUUUAAACACUGUUAAGUGUCGAAUUUGAAUGUCUAAAUGAAUUUGUUUUCUUCCUUUGUUGCAGAAAAUUAAGUACCAAAAUCACAUGUACAUUUACCUUUCAUUCUUUUGUUGUCCGUCAAGCAAUUUCUCCCUUGAAUAAUGUACAAGUGUGAAGAUAGGAGGUCACCGCUCAAGAGUUGCAACGGAAGACCAAGUAUUUUCAGAUGUUACCCAUAACAGAUUGGAUAACUUUCUGGAAAAAAUUCUUCAGAAAUGUCAAGACAAGAAAUGAUAUACUCCAACCAAUCAUUUGAUUCGGUUGAAUUUGUUCAACUAAACACUUUGUUGGUGAACGCAGUUUCAGUGAAAUGAAAUGCAUUGUGGUGCAGGAUACAUUGUUCACAUGCGUUCGUAAAAUCUGUUACCGCUGUAUAACGAAUUAAUUGUUGCCUUUUGUGACGGUUCCACCCCAGUGGAACUUUUACAAGUUCUUAUAGUCGUACAUUAACUUUUACAGCUCUUGCCUGCUGUGUAGGGGUCCAUGGUGUUUUGCACACCCAAGAGGCUGGUGGCUUCCGAGGCGGAACAUACACGCUCGUCAAGUGUGAGAACGCGCGAGUAGGUGUUGCACAGGGCGUUAUCACCACAAUGCGUGUAAUCACUAAUAUAAUCUAGAUGUCUUCAAUUUGCAGCACGACUUAGCUUAAGUAAACAAAAGCAAAAUAUCAGCUUCUGUCCUGCGACAUUGUUACAGUGGAGACAAACAAACAUGCUGCCUAUCACUUUGCCGUCCUGUCUCCUUCCCACCAUGACUUUGUAUUGAAUGGGUUGAUAUUCUAGCCGAUAACCGAUUUUCUAGGAGAAUUUUGAGGAGGCCCAUCCUGACUAGUUAGUGUUUUGCAAGUAAUAUUGAUAUUUUCUGUUGGAUUUGCGAUAACCUAAAAAUCGUUGCUAAGUGACAGUGAAGUCUUAAACACAGAAAUUAAUCUAGUUGAGUAUUUCAUUUCUUGUUUUCACAACGUCGCAUCAAAGUUCUCUGUAUCAGUUUCUCGCUGGUAUAAUAUCAAAUAUGGAGCAGAAUAACAAGUACGCGUAGUAUUGUUUAGUCUUUUCAAUGAGAUUCAAACGCCUUGGAAAUAGAAUUACUCAUGAAAUAUAAAAUGAAUAUAAUUGAAUAAGUGAUUUGCAAAUAAGGACAGCUUGUAAAUGUUUCUGUGUGAAGACUGGGUUGAUUUUGCAGUGGAUGAAAGGAAUUAAAACAGACUCGCGGACUUCACCCUAACAGUCCUCAGCCCUCCAAUUUCAAUAUGAUUUUUACACACCUCAUAGGGCUUCGGGGUAAUCAGUACAUGUACCAGAUCUACAGUGCCACUCAUA